CCGUUGUGUUACCUGACGACGACACCAACAGGGGAAGAGAAGCAUGAGCUGUGACACUGGGAUUACGAGGACAUACAAACGACACAACCACCAGUCACCUCUAGACCGCUUCGUCAUCUGCACCCGAGUUCAACCAAGGGUCAUGUCAAACCCAGGGUCAUGUCACUGCAACUGCACUCUACCCCGAGUGAUUGGCGCGUGACUACCGACUGUACCCGUGUAACACAGUCUUGUGGGUCUCUCUCCUCAACAUGGACGUACUGGGGCUCGUGGAUGUUCCUGUGUGGCUGAUGUUGCUCAUCAUACUAGUGCUGACACUCUAUGUGUACACGACAUGGAACCAUGGAUUGUUUACGAGUCUGGGAAUACCUGGCCCCAAACCUCUACCCUUCUUCGGAAAUGCAAGGGAGUUUGAGAAAAAGGGUUUUCUUUAUGCACUAACAGAAUGGAGAAAACAAUUUGGUCAAGUGUAUGGAAUCUUUUACGUAUCUAAGCCCAUGGUUGUCAUCAGUGAUCUUGACAUACUGAAAGAAAUACUGGUCAAGGACUUCAACAAUUUUGCCGACAGAUUCUUUAUUGCUAAACUCCGCCCACCUAUAGCAGACAAAGGACUAUUUUUCACCGGAGGUUCAACGUGGAAGCGUCUUCGUAGGCUGAUGACACCUACGUUUACUUCCGGCAAGUUGAAGAAUAUGAGUCACCUAAUAGACCGAUGUGCUAACAUUCUGAAGGACAAUAUCCAAGAAUUAACGAGGCGCCAAGAAGUCAUUGACAUCAAGGAUGUCUUUGGCGCCUUCACCAUGGACGUGGUUGCGGGGACGGCAUUCGGACUGGAGACCAACUCCCAGACACAACCGGCAGAGCCCUUCGUCCAGAGUUGUCAGUACAUGUUCCGUAAAAUGACAGGAAACAGCGGAAGACUGCUCACAAUCGUAGCGAUGUUUCCAUUCCUGACUCCACUCAUAAGGACACUGGGCAAAGGCAUUUCCACUGGCGAAGAGGCUGACUUUCUUGUCCAUUCCGUGUACAGGAUGGUCGACGAAAGACGACAAGUGAUAGGCGAUGAAAAGCGCACAGACUUGCUACAGCUGCUAGUCAAUGCCGAGGACACUGGGUUGGAGGUAGGUCAGAAACGUAUGACGAGGGAGGAGGUUGCUGCUCAAGGUGUUAUCAUCCUGAUCGCCGGGUACGAGACAACGGCCACCACCCUGCAGUACCUGACCUACAACCUGGCCAAGAACCAGGACGUUCAGCAGCGAGUAUACGAGGAGAUGAGAGACGAGCUGGGCGAUGAGGACCCCACCUACGACAACGUGGGCAGACUGAAGUACCUGGACAACGUCAUCCACGAGACACUCCGGCUCUUCCCACCUGUGGCAUUGAUCCACAGACAAGCUUUGCAUUCAAGAACCAUCAAAGGGGUGACCAUUCCUGCUGGUGUCGGUGUGUAUAUCCCCAUCUACAGCAUCAUGCACGACCCAGACUACUUCGACGACCCGGAGAAAUUCUGGCCUGAAAGGUUUAGCGAGGCGGAAAGCUCCAAGCUACCCAGCAUCCUCUCGGAGCUGGCCUUUGGCUACGGUCCACGUCAGUGUAUCGGCAUGCGUCUGGCGCUUCUGGAAAUCAAGUUCGCUGCCGUGCGCAUCCUGCGUCACUUCCGGUUUCUUCCGUGUGAAGAAGACACGCCGGACAAGAUCGAGUUUGUGACAGCUGGACUCACUUCACCCAAGAAACCUAUCAAGCUGAGAACCGAACUCCGUGUGUGACCUCAGGAUGCCUCUCUCGUGGAACUGGAAUCGUGCCUGGGAUGAACUUUGAGCCUCACAAUAUUAAGCUAAUAUUUCUCAAUGAAAACGAUCACGACUGCAUCUGUGCACAGGUUGUCUUAAAUGUGCUAACCACUAUAAUACAGUAAUAUACUAACAAACUGUAUGAUGAAUUGCUUUAUGAAACGAGAUUUAAAAGAAAUUUGAAAUCAGCAUUAUUUCACUGAAAAUUGCGAAUCUUUUUGCUUAACAGAACAAUCGAGUCGCAAGAAAUAAAACUAAUGUGGGAGGAGGAAGAAACUUCUUUCCUGCAUUCAUCUUUUAAAGACAAUCUAUAUGGUUUUUAUUCUGAAUAAGCUAAGAUAAAUAAUAAGCCGACAAAUAAUUUAUAAAUGAUUUGUACAACCAUUAUCUCAAAAUCUCUUGACGAGCUUUCAAUUACCUAGACUUCUAUAAAUGUGUAGUGGUAUUAAAUGGGCGCCCCAAAAUAAUGUUUUUAAAUAUGCAUCUAAAAGAUUGUGAUUAAUAUGCUUCCAUCUAAUUGUAAA